AUGAAACUUGAAAUUUGCAAUUAUAGUGGAUAUAAAAUAUAUCCAGGUCAUGGUAAACGUGUUGUUAAAGUUGAUGGCAAGGUACACAUUUACUUGAAUUCCAAAUGUCAACGAUCAGCAGAUAUGCGUCGAAAUCCUCGUCGUGUUACAUGGACUGUUUAUUAUCGACGAAAACAUAAGAAAGGUGCUGCUGAACAAGAAGUUAAAAAACGUACACGUCGUAAUAUUAAAUUUCAACGUGCUAUAACUGGCGUUACAUGGAAUGAAAUUCUUGCUAAACGUAAUCAACAACCAGAAUUUCGAAAGGCUCAACGACAAGAUGCUAUCAAUGCGGCGAAACAAGCUAAAAAAGCUAAAGCUCAACAGAAAAAAGUAGUACAAGCUGCUAAUGUUAAAGCUGGUAAACCAGUAAAAAAACCAGAAAAAAUUCAAAAGAAUUUACCAAAGAUGGGCCCAAAAAAAGGCACUCAACGUUAA